AUGAAGAUCAACAAGGAGAUCACUCACCCUGCCCACCCACACCACAAGUUGAGGCUCGAGUACACGGAGACCCCGUUUGACUGUCACGGGUGCAAAGAGGCUGGGAUCGGUCUCAAGUACAGGUGCCAGCAGUGCAAGUACGAGCUGCACAAGGCCUGCGGAUCAGCACAGCCCACCAUAACCCAUCCGUUCUACAAGAAGUGCGCGUUCAAUUUCCAUUACCGACCUCCCGACAACAACCUCAGGAUAUGUGACGCCUGCCAGGGCGAUGUCUCAGGCUUCGUGUACCACUGCGACUGCUGCGACUUCGAUCUCCACCCUUGCUGCGUGAACCUCCCACAGGUGCUGAACGACGGGCAGAACAACACGCUCUACCUGUGCGCUGGCCUCUCUGGGUCAUGCCACCACUGCGGGGCAAAGGGACCGGGCUGGGCAUACCGUUCAGCUCAGUCCAAGGGAUACAACCUCCAUGUCUCCUGCGUCAAGAAGCUGCUCGUUGAGAGCUGGCUAGCGUCCUACUUCAAUGUGGACAAGAACAAGGUCCAGGAGCUGCAGACGAGGAUUCCUAGCCUUAGAGGUGCGCCGCAGAGGAAUGGCUCCGGCGUCCGCAAAUACUAUCAGAUGGCAGGUGGUGCUGCCCGGCUCGUAAUGUCGGCUCUGCUGGGAGAUCCAACGGCUAUUGUUGCUGGAGUGGUCCGGGGACUCAUCUCGAUGUAA